UCCCCUCCUCUUCUUCGGCAUCUCGCUUCAAGCCGAAGCACCAUCCCUAGCUACUGGUUUCAGUGUACUUCUUCUUCCUCAUCCUCCCAUCGAUCGCUUGCUUCGGGAGAGCGAGCGAGAUCAGCACAGAUAGUGAUUGGCGCAGGCGGCCGUGGUGGAGGAAAGAUGGCGGGGGGAGACGAUCACUCCUGCUGUGGUGCGAAGUUCUGGGUGUACCUGAUAGCUUCCGCGGGAUUGGUCAUGUUCGCAGGCCUCAUGUCCGGCCUCACCCUCGGUCUAAUGUCCCUCAGCCUCGUCGACCUCGAGGUCCUCGUCAAGGCAGGACAGCCCAAGGAUCGCCGAAACGCCGCUAAGAUACUUCCCGUAGUCAAGAACCAGCACCUCCUGCUCUGCACGUUGCUCAUCGGCAACUCCCUCGCUAUGGAGGCGCUGCCCAUAUUUCUUGAUGCACUCGUUCCGGCAUGGGGGGCCAUCCUGAUCUCGGUUACACUUAUCCUGGCUUUUGGCGAGAUAAUUCCUCAAGCUGUGUGCUCGCGUUAUGGCUUGAGCGUGGGAGCUAAAACUGCGGGACUUGUCCGCGUGCUUCUUUUGAUAUUCUUUCCUGUGGCUUAUCCCAUCAGCAAGUUAUUAGAUUGGAUAUUGGGUAAGGGGCAUUUUGCACUUAUGAGAAGGGCUGAACUGAAGACACUAGUUGAUAUGCAUGGAAAUGAGGCAGGUAAGGGUGGUGAAUUAACUCAUGAUGAAACAACUAUUAUCACUGGUGCUUUGGAGUUGACUCAAAAGACUGCUAAAGAUGCCAUGACACCAAUAUCAGAUACCUUUUCACUUGACAUAAAUUAUAAACUCGACAUGCACACUCUAGGUUUAAUCAUGACCAAAGGGCAUAGUCGUGUACCAAUUUACUCUGGUAGCCCAACAAACAUUAUUGGCCUCAUCUUGGUUAAAAAUUUGAUUACUUGCCGACCUGAAGAUGAAGUUCCUAUAAGAAAUGUUACUAUACGAUGGAUUCCCAGGGUGUUCGAGGAUGAUCCUCUCUAUGACAUACUGAAUCAAUUCCAGCAAGGACAUAGUCACAUGGCUGUGGUUGUUAAGCGUAUAAAAGAUAAUGGUAUGCCAACAGAGAAGAACAAAACAACUAUGCAAGAGAACAUAAUGGAUCAGAACAGGAAUCACAAUGAUGUCCAUGGCAACGAAUCCCAAUCAGUUAUUUCUGAUCCUUUGAAUAGCACUGUCAAUGCAUCCCCUGUGAAUAAUAAUAUUCAGCAAUCUCAUAGUCCUGUUAAGAGAAGCAACAUGGAGAAACGUGGGGAUGCACGCUUACAGGGCAAGAAAUCUGAACGAGGACGGCAUGCCAAUAUUCUUGAUGUCAAUGCAGACACUCUUCCAAGCUAUUCAUUAGAUGAAGAAGUAGUUGGAAUUAUAACAAUGGAAGAUGUUAUGGAGGAAUUGCUACAGGAAGAAAUAUUGGAUGAGACCGAUGAGUAUGUUGAUGUUCACAACAAGAUUAAGAUAAAUAUGCUGCCAACAAGAAGGUCUUCACCAAGAUCAUCUGGAAUCGUAUCCAUUUCUCAGUUCCCCCGUCGAACUCCAACAGCAUCUCCUCUAUCUCCAUGUCAUGAAUCUUCUGUGCUACGUUCAUCUGUUCCUCAGCAUGCUCAAGCAUCCAUUCCAUCACCAACCACACUGACUUCGGGAAAAUCGUUACCAAGUUCACCUUUUCAUCAUACAAGUCCUGGCCAGAGCUCACCUGCUGCAUAUCGAGUAUCAAGAAAGUCUUACGAGAAGCUUGACAAAAAUGGAGAGAGCAAUGUGUGAUAGUCCAUUUGGGCAAACCACAAGGUAAAUCAGCAUACUACUCUGCUGAAACUACUAUCUCGUACCACAAAAUUCUAAAUUUUUGUUCAUGAACCCAACUGUUUAAUCACUUGUAUCUUGUAUAUUAGUUGGAAAAGUUACUAUUUUUCAUAGGUAUUCUGCGGUAUGUGUUUUAAAGCUGCAUCAAUAAGUCGUAUUUCUAAAGAGAUUUGUCUUACUACAACUGACAGUUGAUUCUCUCUCUUUUAUUGUACAAAUUUCCUUGAAAUCUAUAGUGCCUUAUUUUGUUGUGAGCA